AUGGUGGAAGCUCAGGUUGAAAAUAAAUCAGAAAUAACUUCAACAGAUGAAAAAUUAGAAAAAUAUUUCCAAGAAAAAAUUUUGCCAUAUAUAAACGAAGAAGGAAAGAAUGUUUUUAAGAUCAGUGAUAAUACAUUUUUGGUAUCUUACACUACAAAAACCUUUUAUAUUUGCGUGAUACCUUUCAUUCCUAAACCAGAGUUCGAAAAAUCGAUAAUAGCAGGAUCCUUAUACUUUUUAUCAUACAUUGAAGCCAUUCUAAGGUCGACAAUUAGAUCUUUACUCCCUGAAUCGCCAAAAAUCGAAUUCGCUUCAUUAAAGCAGAUGAUAAACCUCAUUCUUCCUUUUGGUACCCCUGUACUUCACGAUCAAUACCUUUCUUCGCAAUUAACAGGCAGAGUUGAAAUUUCAAGGUUUAAUGCAGGCUAUAAUAAGAUUAAUUCUACUCCUGUUCCUUCAUGGAAGUCAACAUUAGCAUAUCCUGUCCAACAACUUGAUUUUACUUUGAAAGAAGUCAUUGUUGGAUCAAUUUCCCAAAAUCAAACAUAUUUUAAGGCUUUUGGAAGCUUACAAAUAUCAGCAUCAGUUUCAUUACUUCCAAAUGUUACAGUUACUUUUACAAAACCUGAAAAAAUGACUAAUAUUCAGUCUCAUUUCAGUGUUAAGUCAUAUGAUCAUGGAAAAAUAGAAUUCCUACCUCCAACUGGUGUAUGCCAACUCCUUGCAUGGGAAAUUCCUAUGUCUGUUUCCGAAAUGCCAUUAAUCGGAACUUAUUCCUACAAAAUCAAUGGUUCAACAUUAGAUUACAGUCUCAAAUUGAAUGUUAAAAAUCCAAUUGUAUCAGUUACGGUUCAUUUGGAGUUCAAUGACUGCGGAAAUCUAAUUAAACAAAAAUAUCCAAACAUAAUCGGCCAAGUAAAGCAAAGCCGAACAGAAACCAUUCUUGUUUAUGAUGUACAGCAGUCAAAUGCUGAAACAGAUAUAUCUGGAACAUUAUUUUUCGAUAAAGAUGUUCCGAAACAGAAAUUUGCAGCUUACUUGUCUUUCAAGGACCAUAUGAAGUCAUUUACAGGUAAUUCCAUCUCUAAAGAUGAUGUUACCUUCAAUCCAAGCUCAAAUAUUUCUGUAUCAUCAAAUUCUUCUUAUAAUUCUGAACCUCGAAAAUAUGUUAUUUGGGGUACUGAAAUGUAA